AUGUCACUUUCGCUUUUCAUCGCGGGUAAAACUGCUGCAGGUAAAGACGGAACGUGUAAGAGGGAGAAGGGCAUGCCGUUGGUACUGCGGUUGAGCAAGUGUGGCGUCAAGGACUAUGAGAGUGUGACUGCGAAGCUUGAGCAGGAGGGUUGUGCGAAACCUCCGCGGAGGGAAGUGAGGAACGGAGAGUGGAAUGACGAGCGGCGAAAGUGGAGCAAAGCAUCCACCGGCGGGAAAAACGAAGGGACAGUAGACUCAGGGCCCGCAAACGCGAGGCUCGUUGCAAAGUCACAAUGGCUUGUUCUCGACGACGACGACGAUCGCUCUCACCUCACGUACACACAAGCGUCAACGGGAGCUCGAGGGGGGCAAAAAUUCGAGGCUUUGAUGGGUGACUUAGAAAACGUGGAGCUGGAGCGCAACAACGAAAAUAACGACAGCAUACAAACGCUCAAGACUGUGCUGAAAGAGGCUAAAGUCACACUAAAGCAGGUUCAACAGAGACAAGAUGGUCAGAAGGACGAGAGGAGGAAGCGUACGCUGCUGUGGCAACACUUUGUUCGUCAGUCUGACGCGUACUGCGCCGCUCUGAUGGUCAGCAAGAGGGCCCAUACUGUGGAGGCGAAGUGGGCGAGCAAGACUACACCAGCUCUUCCCGGCGCGUCCGCUCCCAACGACCCAUCCGAAGCGCUCGAUGCGCGGAUCAUUGUUAAGAGCGAGGAAGAGCCCAUACGAAGGUCUUAUGGAAACCUACGAUAG